GCAAGCAGGUUCCAGUCCCUGUGCCUCCCAUUCCCGCUCCCAAGAGCCCGCCCAGCCUCAGGAACUGCCUCCAGCCCUCUGGCCUUGACUACUUAAGGGACCUGGAUCCACCCCACAGCUGGGACAGUCCCAGCACACUGCACUGGGGAUCUAGGAUGGGGGCCUUGGCCGGGGCCCUGCUGUCCAUUCUGCUGGCAUUGCUGCUCACGUCCACCCCAGAGGCUCUGGGUGCCAACCCCGGCCUGGUCGCCAGGAUCACUGACAAGGGCCUGGAAUAUGCGGCCCAGGAGGGGCUAUUGGCUCUGCAGAGUGAGCUGCUCAGGAUCACGCUGCCUGACUUCACCGGGGACUUCAGGAUCCCCCACGUCGGCCGUGGACACUAUGAGUUCCACAGCUUGAACAUCCACAGCUGUGAGCUGCUUCGCUCUGCGAUGAGGCCCGUCCCCGGCCAUGGCCUGAGUCUCAGCAUCUCUGACUCCUCUAUCAGGGUCCAGGGCAGGUGGAAGGUGCGCAAGGCAUUCUUGAAACUACAAGGCUCCUUUGAUGUGAGUGUCAAGGGCAUCAGCAUUUCCGUCAACCUCCUAUUGGGCAGUGAGUCCUCAGGGAGGCCCACAGUUGCUGCCUCCAGAUGCAGCAGCAACAUCGGCGAUGUGGAGGUGGACAUGUCGGGAGACCUGGGGUGGCUGUUGAAUCUCUUCCACAACCAGAUCGAGUCCAAGUUCCAGGAGGUAUUGGAGAGCAAGAUCUGUGAAAUGAUACAGAAAUCAGUGUCCUCCAAUCUACAGCCUUAUCUCCAAACUCUGCCAGUUACAAAAGAGAUUGACAGUUUCGCCGGCAUUGAUUACAGCUUAGUGGAAGCCCCUCGAGCAACAGCCCAGAUGCUGGAGGUGAUGUUUAAGGGUGAAAUCUUCCAUCGUAACCACCAUUCCCCAGUUGCCCUCCCUGCUCCCGUCAUAAGCCUUCCUGAGGAACACGACAAAAUGGUCUACUUUGCUGUCUCGGAUUAUGUCUUCAACACAGCCAGCCUGGUUUACCACCAGGAAGGGCAUCUGAACUUCUCCAUCACAGAUGACAUGAUACCGCCCGACUCUAAUAUCCGACUGACCACCAAGUCCUUCCGACCCUUCGUCCCACGGUUAGCCAGGCUCUACCCCAACAUGAACUUGGAGCUCCAGGGAUCAGUGACCUCUGCCCCGCUCCUGAAUUUCAGCCCGGGGAAUGUGUCUGUGGAGCCCUAUAUGGAGAUAGACGCCUUUGUACUCCCGCCCAGCUCCAGCAAGGAGCUUGUCUUCCGGCUCAGUGUGGCCACUAAUGUGUCUGCCAUCUUGACCUUCAACACCAGCAAGAUCACUGGGUUCCUGAAGCCAGGAAAGGUAAAAGUGGAACUGAAAGAAUCCAAAGCUGGAGUAUUCAAUGCAGAGCUGCUGGAAGCGAUCCUCAACUACUACAUCCUCAACAACCUCUACCCCAAGUUCAACGAUAAGUUGACCGAAGGCUUCUCCCUCCCUCUGCUGAAGCAGGUUCAGCUCUACGACCUUGGGCUCCAGAUCCAUAAGGACUUCCUGUUCUUGGGUGCCAACGUCCAUUACGUGAGAGAUUGAGGACAAGAAAGAUGAAGCUUGGAGGCUACAGCUGGGUCUGCAUGUUGCAUUUCCAGCUGUGGGGCACGUCUCGGAGAUUCUUGAAAAAGGAAGACAUUUCUGUUCUCAGCUCAGGGGGUGAGGUCCGCUUGGCCUCCGCCUCCACCCUCCCCCUCUUCACCAGAUGCAUGCCCUCUCUGAGUCUGGAGUUUGCUUUCCCCUCCAGAGGGGACCACCCUCCCCACUGACCUGGGAUAUCUUUACAAGCAGGCGCUGUAUUUUUUAUUUGCAAUCUGAUCUCCAUGCCUAGCAGAGUGCUGGCACUUAGUAGGUCCUCAAUAAAUAUUUAUUAAAUGAUGAGA